ACUGCCCUAACCUCUGGCUACUAGCUGUUAGCUACCUUGUAUGAACGCAUGAAGCUCGUUGUAGCAGGUCGAUAGACUCAUAGCUCCUUAGCACUUUCUUCACCCGAAUCAGUCUAGAUACUAUCAGUAAACUCGAACCGCCCUUCCGAUCGCCGACGAUGAAGAACCAUUCGGCCCUUCUCGAGGCGAUCUUGCCGUACCUCGGCGUGAUCUACUUUGCGGCUUGGUCCGUCUCAUUCUAUCCCCAACUGUUCCUCAAUUAUUGCCGCAAGAGCGCCACAGGGUUCUCUUUCGACUUUACCAUUCUCAACCCCCUCGGCUUUCUCUGUUACACCCUCUACGCGAUCUUGCUGCGAUACAACCCCGUCGUUAGAGAACAAUAUGCAAGGAGAUCCGAUGGACACGAACCUCAAGUCAGCCGGGCCGAUGUCGGAUUCGCUACGCAUGCUCUUUUGUUGAGCUCGAUCGGACUGAUUCAGGUCUUAUACUAUGGUUUGAGAGCCUCUCGAGGCCAGAGGACCGUCACAAUACAUGGACAGGACAGGGAGACCUACGCCUACGGAACUUUGCCCCAGUCGGAAGACGGGGAAGCGGAGGAUGCCGACCAAAAGGCCUACGUCGAAGAAAGGGGACGAGAGGAACUGACCCGAUGGGGUUCGUGGUCCUUGGUCGGUAUCGCUGUCGUUUUGGUGAUCGAGGGAAUCCUGGUAGCUGCCAAAAAGCAGGAGUGGCUCGACUACGUUCUCAUGAUUUCCUAUGUCAAGCUUUACAUCUCUGUCUUCAAAUGGAUCCCUCAACUCCGCAUGAACCAUAUCCUCCGUUCGACUGAAGGCUUCUCGAUCGUCACGGUCGCUCUCGACCUCGUCGGCUCGAUCACCUCUUUGGCUGAACUCGUUAUCGCAAGUUAUCUCGCCGACGACAUUCCGGCCAUCUGGGGCAAUCCGUUGAAACUCGGCUUGAGCGGAAUUACCUUGUUGACGGACGGUUGGUUCGUGGGUCAGAGGCUAGUUUUUGGCGAGAAGCGGUCGCCAACGAGAGACAAAGCAGGAGAGAGGGAGAGGCUGAUCGCGGACACGAGCUGAUCCGGAUGUCCAGGUCUUUUGGAUAAUAUCGACUGAAAGGGAUGAACCCGAA